GAUGAGAUCAUCCCAAGCACACGCGCAUCAUCUUUCACAUUGCUGUGAUUCUUUGCUUCCCGUUCUAACGCUGUAUCUAUUUGCUCCUUGCCGACGAAACGGGCCUUUCCGAUGUUACGAUGAUGGUUUCUUCUGGUGGUCCGCUCACAUAUAGCUAUCCUUAGCUUGUCUUGCCUCAUGAGAAUGGUCCGGAAGAUCCCCCGCUCGACCCCGAAGAAACGCUUCAAGUAUGUCACUUCAAUGUUCCCAUCAAUCGGUAAGACUCGUAGUAUCGCUUCUGCUCGACGGAUCCGAGCAGUGCCUUUGUUGUCUUCGUGUCCCCGUGUUUCCUUCUUCACCUUGAAUGUUGAUAUCACCGAUAACAGCAAUGGGUUGAACCGGACGGUAUAACUGACGUCGCCUGUCAAACAGUGAUGCUGUACUUGCCAUAUGACCAGCCGCUAAAUUCAUUCUCGGAAUAUAAGUAUGGUAAAGCAGCCAACACGACUGUCACCACGGGCACAUGGUCCAUUGUAUUACCGUCUUUUCAUCCAGAGUCUGAUCUCGAAGUGCGCAAAUACCAAUAUGAAUAUGACAAUGCUCUGUGCUCGGACUGCUUUGUUGUUUUUAACUUUUUCCCAGUGGACGCUUUUUGAAUUGGUGUAUUUCACUAAAAUAGAUACAUGGGUAGAUACUCACAUAGGCCAUAUCCGCUUGCGAUUGAAGUUGCAAUCUUUU